CAAUCCCCCUCAUCCACACCUCUCUCUCUCUCUCAGAAUUUCUAUCUAUCUCUUGUUUCAAUUUCAACAACGGUUUCUCCUUUUUCGUUUUGAGUUUCAAUCAAGCCAUCAUCAUGUCUACCGCAGCGCAACCCAAGGCCAAGAAAACGGCGUCGUCCAAGAAGCCCCUCUCCCACCCUCCCUUCGCCGUGAUGAUAGCAGAGGCGAUUGCGAGUCUGAAAGAGAGAACCGGUUCGAGCCAAUACGCGAUAACCAAAUACAUCGAAGGGAAGCACAAGGAGUUGCCUGCAACCUACAAGAAGCUUGUCCUCGUUCAUCUCAAGAAAUCUGUUGCUGCUGGCAAGCUUGUUAAGGUGAAAAACUCCUUUAAGCUCGCACCGACUAAGCCUGCUCCGGUUAAGGCCGCUGCUCCCAAAAAGCCAACCAAAGCUGCCACUAAGCCCGCUUCCAAGCCCAAAGCUGCUACUCCUAAGAAAAAGGCUGUUGCCAAGCCCAAGUCCAAAGCUGCGGCCACCACUGCCAAGCCCAAGUCUAAGCCCGCUAAGGUCGCGGCCAAGAAGGUCGCUGCUAAGCCAGCUAAGAAGAAGACACCCGUAAAGGCCGUGAAGAAGCCCAAGAGUGUCGUGAAGAAACCUAAGAGCGUGAAAUCACCAGCGAAGAAGACUAAGGCUAAGACUAAGAAGUGAUGAAUUGGAUUGGGGUUUGGUUUUGGUUUGGCGUUAUAGUGUUAUGCAUUUCGGGUUCAUUCGUAGUAGUAUAGGUGAAUAUAUUUUUAGAAGAGUAUUGAUGUAAAUUCCUUUUUCUAGAAAUUCAACAAGUGUUCUUGUUUGCAUUGAAUACAAUUUCGUUUUCUUUACGUCCAA